UUGUCGAAGUCGUCAAAACUAUGAACGAAGAAAUUCAUGACAUGCUCACGGAACUGAAGGUAGAUUUUUAUGUAUACUGACUAGCUUUAAUACUUCUAAAUUGCUCUUCUUAGAGAUCCAGUAAGGCCUAUCCCUUAUUUAUCAAGUAUUGCCUCAGGAAGAAACCUAAACUAAUCUAACUUUAUUUAUACAGGAUAGCUCUAUCAGUUCUAAACUGUUCUCCCUAGAGGUCCAGUGAGAGUCAUCUCUGAUUGAUCCAUUGUUACCACAGGAGGAAACCUAAACUAAACUAACUUUAUUUAUACUGGAUAACUCUAUCAAUUCUAAACUGUUCUUCCUAGAGGUCCAGUAAUGAUCAUCUCUUAUUGACCCAGUGUUACCACAGGAGGAAACCUAAACUGAACUAACUUUCUUCAUACUGGAUAACUCUAUAAGUUCUAAACUGUUCUUCCUAGAGGUCCAGUAAGAGUCUUCUCUGAUUGAUCCAAUGUUACCAGUUACCAUAGGAGGAAACCUAAACUAACUGUAUUUAUACUGGAUAGUUCUAUUAGUUCUAAACUGUUCUCCCUAGAGAACAUAAAGCCCAUCCUAUAUUUACUACAGGAGGAGACUUGAAAUAAACUAAUGUUGUAUUUUCAGGAGAUGCCAUCAAUAUUCGACGUUCCAACCAAGCAAGAAUACUUAUGUAGUUUUACUGCAAUUCCACCUGUCAAGUCUUUGCCUAGUUCACGUUUACCUCCGUUAAAACUCACUGAAGAUAUGGUGUAUUCGCCCGCUCCACCGGUAAGAUACCCCAUGCAGGAAAAAAUUGAACUUCCAUUAAUGGGUUGUUUUCGAAUGUAAAAACUGAACUUUUGCCAUUAUUGGUUAAAAUAUUUACCAUCAAUGGUACUUUAUUAUUUUCCUGUGCGCAGGAAAAUACCAUUAAUGGUAAAUAUUAAUUAAACAUGAUGGUUUUUAUCAAUUUACCAUAUGGGGAGUCUAUGCUGUAUAAUAAUCAAUAAUGGUAAGAGUUUAGUUUUUACAUCGAUAGUAUACAUGGUAAAUCUUUAAAAAAAACAUUCAAAAACCAUUAAUGGAAAUUUAAAAUUUUGGUGAAUUACAAAUUUACUUAAUUACAUAUUUAGCUUAGACUAUUUUUAUCUUUGAUUGUUUUUCUGAAACGUUCACCUCUGUUCAUAUUAAAUAAUUUUGUGUUUUUAAUUUAAAUCAAGAGGUUUCACACAAGAGGUUUCAGAUAAUAUUUUUACUCUAGUUACGUUUCGGAUAGUUUACUAUCCGUCCUCACGCUAUUUACUCAAAUUGUUCUUAAAUUUGUUCUUUAUAGUUGUACAUGUCAAAUUUAGGAACAAUUUGUGUACAAAAACCUCUGGUGUGAUCCUUGAUUUAAAUUAAAAACACAACAUUAUUUUUAUAAUAGUUUUGUUUGUGGAAACACCACGUAAAUUUAUUACUUGCAGUAAUUGCAGUAAUAAAUUUACGUGGUGUUUCCACAAACAAAACUAUUAUAUGUUUUAUCGCCAUGCAAACAUACAAAGAACUACACUCAGAGUAACAUUCACAAAUAUCAUAUUCACCUGAGUACACAACACCAACACAGAAAAAUCAUACAAAGAACUUAUAACAUUAUUUUUAUCUUUACAACAAUUUUGAUAUUACUUUCUUAACUGUGUUUAUCCUAAUUCCCACCCUGUCAACUUUCCCUGUGGGAGGAAACCGGAGCGCCCGGAGAAACGGCCCACGACUUUCGGCAGAGCGUUGACAGACUCUUUUCACAUGAGUCCAUAGCGAGAAUCAAACCCACGAUCUCAGAGGUGAAAGGUGCUUGAUCUGAAGACUACGUAACUAUUAAGAGGCAAUUUUUUUCAAUGUCACGUAUUCGCAAUGAAAAGUGUUCAAAACCUAAAAUCUUUUUGGCGUUCCUCUCAAAAUUACUUUGUUCUAGCUUUAUUCUCUAGUUUAUAGAGUUAGCAACCUUUUUAAAUGCAUCUGCCGGUUGAGAUUUUAAAACAUAAAAUAAUAGUUAAAAAUUGUCAACUAAAAUACAAUUAUCAAUGAUGCUUUAAAAUUAACGACAUAUUUACAGCCAUAUAAGCAAAACUUACUGAACUUCAGACAUCAUUUUCUCUUUGUCGUACCAUCUAAGAUCUCUUCAUUUUAGCAUUAUUUUACAGAUAAAGCACUAAACAUACUUUUUAAGUUUGUUUGCCGAUUGAGAAACGUAUCGAAAAAUAAAAAUUUUGAAUUUAGUCAUAACCUCAAGUGGUAUAUUAUACGCAUUACUUUUGAGCGCGUGUUACGUAACAUACAAAAAAAUCUCCUCUUAAUAACAACUAUUUACAUAUUUUUUACCAAGGUGAAAUCUUCAAGUUCUAAAAGUGAUCCAACAAGGCAAGUGUUCUUUAAUAAACCCUGUUCAGGACAAGAAUAUUUUGGGAAUUUAUCUACCAUAUAAACUAAUGUCAAUUUCAUCUUGUUUCUUGUAGCCUUCCUGCCACGCCAUUCUCAAAGACUCGAACCAGUCUCUCGGAUUUACUUGCUCCAGAUCUUGGCUCUGGUACAAUCUCGGGUUCUCAAACCUCAAACUUAAACGCGUUUUCUCCAAAAGACUCUCAAGGAGCCAAAUGCGCGACUGACUCUGACCACAAUUCUAAUUUAUUAAAUGCUAACCUAUUUUUAUCCGAUUCUUAUAUAAACUAUACCUCAGACACAAAUUUGGACGGAACAAAUGCCUGUUUAUGUAUCACUGGUGAGCGAAAAAUCGUAAGCCGAAAUACAAUAGGUAAGGAACCUAUAGGGUUACAAAGGAACAAUGAUGUAUGCCAGUGUGGCUUAGCGAUAUUUGAGCGGGAAAAGCUGCGCCAGCAUACGGGAUUGUUUUCAAACGAUUUACUUCAAGGAAGUAGCUGUAUGGAGAACAUUGGUGUUGAAAUAGACACUAGGUACUGUGAUACUGCAAAAAGGAAGCCUACAAUAACACUUGUUAAAAAGGAACCAGUCACAAAGGAUUCGAAGUGCGGACAAUCUACGGAGGUACUGGGGACUAGUAAUUCAACCGUUUUGGUGGAAAACCUGCUUGACCAGUUUUCAUCGCCAUUGUCGGCGUCGGCUACGUCGGAGAAACUGGUUUUAACUGGUUUGGACAAUGACGACACUCGACGCCCGCUUGAAAGGAGAUCAGGUAAGACGAUGGCAAAUUCAGGGUUGGAUGUAUCAUAACUAGACAGCGGCCAGUGUUUAUUGGGGGUGGCACCGAAGAGAAGUGUUUUCUUGGUAAACAAUUUGAAAUAAAUAUGAAUAAAAAAAUAAAUACCCACCCCUUGGCAAAAACUUUACAAAAUGAUACCAUUCAGGUGUCACACAUGUCCUUUACCACUUCUGUGACAUGAGUUUGAUAACUGCUUGUGCAAUUUUCUGCAGUCUAAAGUUUCAUGUUGUCUGCACAUGUACUUUCUUCUGGAGACACAAUUUGCCUCAUCACAAAUCGUAAAAUAAUGAAGAUGGUGACUCUAAUUGAUUUACAUAUUGUAUUGACAUAUGUCUGUUUGACAUUGCUUUUCAGUCUUUUUGGAAAUGACAACACAUUUUCAUUACCCAACCCUUAAGUUGUUUUGUUUUUCAUUUACCCAACCUUUUACUCACUCAAAAUUUUGUUUACCCAACCCUUUUCUCUUCGGUGCCACCCCCCGCCAUAAAUAAUGGCCGCUCCCUAAGGGACUGGUUUUAUUGUACCUCUAGGAAGAACAGUUUAUAACUGAUAGAGCUAUCUAGUAUAAAUAAAGUUAGUUUAAUUUACGUUUCCUCUUGUAGUAACACAGGAUCAAUAAGGGACUGCUUUUAUUGUACCUCUCGGGGGAACAGUUUAGAACUAUCUAGUAUAAAUAAAGUUAGUUUAGUUUAGGGUACCAUCUGCAGAAACACUGAAUCAGUAGGGAUGUACCUCUAUAGGAAGAACAGUUUAAAACUGAUAGAGCUGUCCAGUAUAAAUAAAGUUAGUUUAGUUUAGGUUUCUUUCUGUAGAAACACUGGAUCAAUAAGGGAUGAUCUUUAUUUUAAAACUGAUAGAGCUACCCAGCAUAAAUAAAGUUAGUUUAGUUUAGGUUUCCUUCUGUAGAAACACUGGAUCAAUACGGAAUGAUCCUUAUUGUACCUCUAUAUAGGAAGAACAGUUUAAAACUGAUAGAGCUAUCCAGUAUGAAUAAAGUUCGUUUAGUUGGUUAUACAAGGUUUCUUAACCGUUCUUUCGUAUUUUUUUGCAGCUUCUGAGAUUGAAAAACUUUCGAAGAACACUGUUGACUUUUUAAUGGACCUAAAACCUGUCAUUCAGGAAUCACUUCAUAAAGCGAUUCAUUGGAAAACUUGGGACCAACUUUCCACGGUGCAAGGACCGUUGUCAUUGAAACAACUUUGCCAAGUGAACAGCAAGGGCUCUGUAAGUGCUGGUGAUCCCGCGAGAAUCCCGCGCGUGAUUGUCGGGCAUGAUGGCAAUUGGCUGUCUGUGUCGCCGUUGGCGUUACAUCACUGGGUAAGUGAUUUUACAAAUUACAAAUAUUAAUGAGGAAAACUACUAAAUUAUUUCAAGAUAUAAUCGGCAAAGUUUUCGAUUUACUGGUAGAAUUUCGAGAUUAAGAGAAGGUUACAGGUCCAAGAAAAUAUCAGAUGACUCAAGCAUAAUUAAGAACUAUUUAAACUUACAAUUUGAGCCUUAUUUCGGCAUAAAAUAUGUCGAAAUAAAACAAAACAAAAAGCGCGGGAAAAUUCUUGACUGAGCCCACAAUGUUAAGCAAUGAUUAUCAGCGACAUGACCAUUUUGGUAAGUACUCCCGUUAUAGACUAAUUUUAAAACUAGGCAAGGAGAUGCAAAUAAAUCACCACAGCUAGAAAGAGCAUACUAAAAUAAGUAACAUUGCAAAGUUUGGUUGCGAAAUGUUGUAAAAUGCGGAAAAUAUAGCCUUGCAAAGUUUGCAAAUUUUGUAUACUUUUGUAUUGCGUGCGGAAAUUAAAGUAAAGUCAAUGUGAAAUUAAUCCGUAAUGGAGAUGUUUAUAUAUAAUCAUCCCCUUAGCCAUCCAGUUGACAAAGCCAGUCUUCUUCUUUUCUUUAUAGGAAAAGAUAUUUUUAGAACCGUACACGUCAUCGCGUGACGUCACGUAUGUUGUCUUGGCACCGGAAAACGAAACGACCAAUACGAAUGUGAAGUAUUUCUUCAGAGAACUCAGUUCAACGUACGAGGUGAGAGUUUGCACUUUUCCGCUUUGUCUUAGCUAGGAUUUUAGAAUUUGAAAUGUUUCUAAAUUUCCAAAAGCACAGUUGCCGCUAUGCUGGUCAACAAUGGACUAUACCUGUGGUUAUUCUAUGCAGGGACGUCGUUAGACCUCCGUUAGAACUCAACAUCGAAAAACAAAAAAAAUUAAAAAAAAAAUUUUCAGGCUCAACAUCAAAAACAAAAAAAAUUUUCGGACAAAUACUUGCCUAUCUUAUUUUGCGUUUAACCACCGUUGUUCGUUCCAUGUUUCCCUAAUUUUUGUCAUAAUUUUCUCCACAUUUUAGCUAUCAUUCUUAAUUUUUAAUCGGUGUCUCAAAUAUAUUUUUUCUUCCUAUUUUUGCCGACUGGCAUUCAAUAUUUUUUGCCGACUACCUGAUGACUGGGGGUGUUUCCCCCCCCCCCCCCCCCCCUUUAGCGCCGGCCCUGAUUCUAUGCUUACAACCAAAUACAAGGCAAGCAUAUAUACGCUCGUAUUUCAAACUGGCAUUAAAAUGAAUUAUUUCAGCUACUCUUGUUGGGGGCAUUUAAAGCCAUUUUAACUGAGCUACUUUAGUGGAGAAAAUUACUGUAACUUGAUGUAAUAUUCGUUGUAGACAUGUCAGCUUGGUCGUCAUGUUCCCGUGAGCAAGUUGUCGUCUAUGUCCAGUGAAGGAAUUCUCAGAAUAGGUCCUAAACAACAAAAUAAGUAUGGCAAGAAUGUCGUGAGCCCCUGGUUUGGAAAAUACGGUAAGUUUUAUGUAUUCAUGGCCAGAAAUCACCGACAUGAUUUAUUCUUCUUCCUUUGUAAUUUGCAUGUCACAUUGAAAUAUGGCUUCAACUGUAGUAAACAGUGAAUUAUUCAACGCGACGUUUUUAAUCGCAAAAUCUGAGGAUAGAGUAGUAGGUCGUUUACAACUUGCCUAAACCGCUGACUGCAAAACGAAGUCGAAGUAUUUAGUGUAGUGUUGGCCUGAUUUCAGUUACUGCCUAUUCUGCAUUUUCAAUAUUUGUACAGAGGUUAGUUUUUACGACAUUUGUCUAUUUAACUCUAUAUUACUAGGAACAAACGAAAGUUUAUCAUACAACUGUUUGUUGAAUUAAAAGCUAUUUCUUGCGUUUGUAGAAAACUUAUCCGACGGACCCAGAGUGAAGCUGUUUGCUCAAGUAUGCAAAUAUGAACUCGGUAAGCAGUUGGAGAUGUGAAAUGGUGUAAUUGAUUGCUAUCAGAUGUUGGUAUCCGCUGUAACCCCGUGUCCCGGUUACUUGCAAGCGACUAAGCCAAUGAGCUCUCUAUAUAUAACUGGAGCAAAGAUCUUCAGUCAUUCGGCCUACAUGUAUGAGAAACGUGAAUAAAAGAGGCGGAAAUUGACGUCCAAUAGCUAUGAAGAUCGUAAACAAUUUGCAUACCAUUUUUCCCAGCUAUAAUUCCAGGUUUUUUCAGAUUGUAUCGCUAAACAAAUUAUCAGUUCAUAAAACCAUAGUAUUAUUCUUUAAGUCGAGGUCAAAAUACGAAAUUUCGGCACAUUUCGUGUUAACCGCGCAGAUAAAAACAGGGACUUCACUUUUUGGACAGACAUAUAUGGAGCUCACUGACUUCAGCUAACUGCAAACCCGGAUCAGAAAGUCUUGGCACACUGAUAUAUUAGAAAUUUCCUAGUAUCGUUUCGCAAAUUUCAUAGCCGCUGUGCUCGGAUUUACGUGAUUUUCACAUGAUAUAAUUCUUGAUAUAUUUUUGUGCUUAAAAGUGGUUUUCGUUGACAGGUCCGUUUCUGGAAAAACUACCACUCGAGAAACUGAGUUCGCUUGGUGAUGAUGGUGCGAAGAAGAACCCCAAUGAUUUUACCUGGUAAGAACGCGGAGAUGGUAUGGUGUGGUGAGGUGGUACGAUGCGGUCUGUGAUAUGGUUAUGUGGCGUUGUGGGGUGGCAAGGGAGAAGCGUAUAACGGUCCAACUUACGGCUCCCAUGAAAUGUUAGGGCUUAGAACAUACCCCUUAAGGUCAACGAUAUAUGUAUCAGUAUAUUCAUGAAUUAUGACUGUACAAUUUUUCCCUUUUUACAUUACUACAAAGUUGUUGGUACGGUUUGGCAUCAUGUGGUGUGAUAUAAUACAGUGGAAAAAAAUUUGAAAUUCCAUAGAAGGUCAUAGAAUGGAAAUUGUAUGGACCUUUAUUAGAAAUAGCAUGGAUUUUGAUUAUCCAUAAUAAUUGUAUAGUUCCGUACUAUGGAUAUAGUAUCGAAAUAGUAAGGAUAUACUAUGGAUUUAGAGGUGCAAUUGUAAGUUUCAAAGUAUGGAUUUCACAUCCCCCCCCCCCCCAGUGGUAUGGCUUGGUGUUGUAUAUAGUGUGCUAUGGAAUGGUAUGGCAUACGAUAUGAUAUGAUAUGAUAUGAAGAAAAGUUAAGAAUUUAAUAUUACCAAAAAAUUAACAAGAUAUUUUAUAUUUUCUUAAAGUGACAACGACCAGCCACGCCAAGACAAUGCCUCGGUUGUAGUUUAUAUCGUCAAUCCAUUUGAUGAGAGCAGCGAUCAAGUUCUGAGGAGAGAGUCGUAUUAUGCUUUGCUUCGAGGUUUUUCUGAAAUGGCAUCGGGGUUACCUGAGAAAAUUCGGAGUCGUCUCGUUUUAGAGGUAAGGUUAAUUAUCAAUACUUCGUCAUCCAUUAUGUCAUGUAAAGACAGUGUCAUUGCGAUAAAAAAUUUGCCAAAUACAAUUUGAUUUAAAGUUGGUUGAUUGAAAUCGCAUUUUUCCACAUUUAGGAUUUAAGUGUGGUUUCAAUUUUUGAACAUUUGUCGAAAUGCUCGUUAUCCAUUUGGGAAACGUAUGGCAUUGCGAGUUCAGUCUGCCAACUUCCAGUUCUGUAAAAUGUUUUAACCACUCAAUUUAUCGAUGCAAAAUUGCGAGUGGAAUGUACCUUCAGUUGAUGCUUGCACAUGCGUUGCGGGCAAUCUUUAUUCAAGCGACUUAAAUUUGAAUCCAAAAUGAGAAUAAUUUCGAUACUCAGACAAAACUUUUACAUGCAAUUCCCAAUGGUGGAAAAAUUCGACUUCGAGAGGCAUUUUUAAAUUGGUUCGUAUUUGGCUAUUUUAGAUCGCAAUGAUACCAGAAAGGUAGUAUUCGACAGCUAAAAGCCAGAUCUUUAUUGGUAUGAAAAAAGUAAAUGGAUAAACGUAAUAUAUAAUGUACGAUUACAUGCCAAAGUUUGAUAUGAUUGGUAUAAUGGUAUUGUAAAUGGAAAUUGUCGAGUGGAAAUUUAUAUACAUUUAUUAGACCUAGCCAGGAAUAGAAGCGAAAAAUGCAACUUAAGUCCCUGGUAGGAAUUGAACCUGCAGCCCUGUGAUUCCGGUGCAGUGCUCUGACCAACUGAGCUAUAAAGGCCAGUUGUCGAGCUCUAACCACAAGUUCAUGUAUAUACACUAGGCUACUGCCAUGUGUAGGUUAUGGGUAAAUAUCAAGAUUUUUUGUGGCAUCUUAGACACGUAAAAACGCACAAGUUGUAACAAACCUGCAGCAGACUUGUAGCAAUGUUGUUCCAACAACUUGUCAACAGGAUGUGUUCGCACUGCUUGUUCCCAGCUUGUUGACAAGUUGUCAACGGCUUGUUGGCAACUUGCUACAAGGUUGUUGAGCUCAACAGACUUGUUACAAGUUGUUCCAACAACUUGUUAUCGUCCUGCAAAUCAACAAUUUGUCAACAAGUUGUGAGUGACAACCUUAAUUGUAGCAACUUGAUGAAAUAACAGCAUUGUUACAACUUGGUGACAAGCUUGCUACAACCCUGUUGCGAACACAUCUUGUUGACAAGUUGUUAGAUUUUUAUGUGUGUACUCGAACGAAUAAUAUUUGAUGGGUAUUGUAGAUGGAAAUUAUUGAGUGGAAAUUUAUAUACAUUUAUUAGGCCUAACCAGGAACAGAAGCGGAAAAUGCAACUUUAGGUCUCUGCCAAGUCGGAUUACCUUUUUUUGAUACACCCUGUAUAUCAGAAAUGGCGUUGCAGGUUGCAACAAAAAUUGCCUCGCCUAAUAUUACCGUCACUUUCAUGUUGUCUAGAUUAUUCCACUACGUCAGAUAACUCAAGUUGAUGCGUAUCAGAAGACAAAGGGUUCUCAAGUAUCAUUCGUUAAACUUCUCAAAACUACAGCGUUCUCUGUAUUCUCGCGAUGUCGCAUGAUGCUACAGAAACCCUACAACACUCGAGUUCAUACCGGCUUUUGGGCACCCUCGAGUCAACGACAUGCCAAUAAAAAUCAGGUAAAGCUUAUUCUCUAUUCACUGAUGGCUUGGGAACCCUAACUUGGAAAAACGUCCAGCUUUCCUUGGAUCGUAAGGCCCAUUUCCACUCAAGAAAAAUUUCCACGGACAGAAAAUUUUGUAAAAUGUGAUUGGCCGACACAAAUUUUCCGUCGGAAAAAAAUUUUGAAGUUGAAAAUUUCCAAUGAUAUUUUCGGAAAAUUUUCUGUCCGUGGAAAACUUUCUUGAUUGGAAAUGGGCCUUUGCCGUAAGGGGCAAGUAGUUUCUUUGAAAAACUGGUGGUCACAUUACAUUUACCAGGACUUAUUAAACAUUCAUUCAUACAGCUGUUAGCAAGUUAUAAGCAUGCAUUAAUUAAAACACGUCUAACAAUAUGAAUAUACACAGAAUCACCGAACAUAUUUAGUUCAUAAAAGCAGUAUUGAUAUUAUACUAUGUGUUUCCAUGAAUGUAUGAUAAAGGAAAUACAAUUUCAAGGAAUUUUUAAUGUAAGAUCAAGUAAACCGAUUACUUUUUGAGGCCAAAUAUAUUGACUUAAUACCAAUCUAUAGGUUUUUUGUUGCCAGCCCAAACUUUCUGCCAACUAAAAUUAAAAAUUGUUUCUUGGAACGACCUUCCCCAGGUUUGUGUAAACCACACGAAAUCGUUCCAUUCUGACCCGUUCUCAGAGAUCAGAAAAACUAGUUUCACAUCCGAAUUUAAUAAUCUUUUUCCAAAAGUAGCGAGUCUUAUCCAAAUUUACAUAUUUUCAAGACGACCUAACGCUUGUCUCGGAGGACACGUAGUAUUUCAGUUCAAAUGUAUAUCACUUCUUACCCUCCUGUUUUUAGGCAUCAGAGAAAACCCGCAUACGGGUGUACGCGCCCGCAUACAUCCUGGCAACGCCAACCAAACUUAUACACAAUGUUGACACUGUCGAAAAUGCUGAUGAUUUGGCAACACAUAAAGAAUCUUCGAGUCUGUUGUUCUGUUGUUACGGGCUGUCGCAUGACCAACGAUGGUUAUUGGCGAGUUGUACCAACGAAACUGGCAUGGUUAUGGAGACAUUUGUUACUGUGGUUGAGCCGUGUGGGUAAGUGACAGUAAAGUUGUACGUGGAGUACACGCGUAAAAACGCACAUGUAACACACCUGCAGCAGACUUGUAGCAAUGCUGUUCCAACAACUUGUCAAUCGGUAUGUGUUCGCACUGCUUGUUCCCAGCUUGUUGACAACUUGCUACACGGUUGCUGAGCUCAACACACUUGUUACAAGUUGUUGCAACAACUUGUUAAAUCGUCCGGCAAUUCAACAAUUUGUCAACAAGUUGUGAGUGACAACCUUGUAGCAACUUGAUAAAAUAUCAACAUUGUUACUUCGAGAAUAUAAGCAGCCACAUAGUGACUUUGACUGUCGAUACGUUGGGUCGUCGAUGCAAUUUUUCGGGGAUAACAUUCAUUUACUUGAACCAGAAUUUUUGCAACUAUUUUUUAGCCUAACAGCCAAGCAACGUCGUACAAGACUACGGAUUAAGGCACUCAGGAGGCUGUGGGAAUUUUGUCAAGGGAUUACGUCAUCCACGGUAGCAGACUGGAGACUGGUCAUUGGAAAACUGGGCACGUUUUCACGUCAUGAAUUACGAGGUACGGUUGACUUUAUUUGU